CGGGCCCCGAUCCCGGCCCUGGACCAGCAGAUGGGAGGAAAAGGAGGGCCCGGGCCCCGCUGAGGGAAGGCCGGGGAGGCCCGACCCCCUCGGCGGGGUCAGUCAGCCGGGCAGGUGGAGUUAAGGGGCAGUUAUAAAAGAAACCCACAGGGAGAUGACCCAGAGGACGUUGGAACAAACGGAGCAGACUCUUCCCAGAACUUCGGCGACUCCGCAGUGGGAAAUGCAUCUGGAACCUGCUUCCGAGCAGUUGCCUGUGAGAUAGCGGGACACGUCAGCUAUAAUUCUUGGCUUCUGUAACACGGUGAUGAAGCACAUAGGCUGAUACACGGCCCUUAUUUACCAAAGGCUAUGGCCAGCAUGAUGAGAGUUCUUCUGAUCCUUCUUUGGAGAACAAACUUGGUUGAGGCAAAUGCACCUCAAGCUGCAGAAGUUCAGGUUUUCCCACCUCUUAACUUCACCCUUACAGUCUCUGCGUUAGCACAAGUGCUUUUACACUGGAAGCCAAACCCUAAUCAGGAAGAAAAGAACUACACUGUUAGCUAUGAUGUGAAAAUCCUAACCCCUGUGCCCGAAGAGUAUGAUACAAAGAAGACUUACAGUGUCCGCACAGCUGCCCUUCACAACGGUUUCUCUGCGCACAUUCGGACGUUACUUUUCCAUAAUGGCCUUGAGAUGAGAAGUGAGUGGGUGAAGGAAAAAAUCCCACCUCUGCCAGGUGCCCCGGAGACAUCCAUCACUAAUUUGUCCUGUAUUACUCGCAUCACCAUUUCUAGCACCGUUUCUCUCCACUGCACUUGGCUUCCUGGCCAAGGGGCACCAGAAGAUACUGAGUACUUUCUAUUUUACAGGUAUGAGACAUACACUGAAGAAUGUCAAGAUUAUACGAAAGACAAGUGGAACAGGAAUAUUGAGUGCAGAUUUCUAGUGACUCGUAUUGAUCCUGAAGAGAUUGACAAGCUCAUUGUAAUACACAUUAAUGGGUCUAGCAAGCGUGCUACAAUCAAGCCUUUUCAGCAGUUAUUUAACCAAAAUGCCAUUGAGAAAGUCAAUGUUCCCAGAAAUGUCACUGUAUUCUUGGAGCAAAAUGAUCUCUUGGCCACGUGGGAGAAGCCAAUUUCUCUUUUUCCUAAACACUGCUUUGAAUAUGAAUUUUACCUCUGCAACCUGAAGUCAGGUAACAAGCAGAUAUUGAAAAUAUCCUCAAAUGACUUCAGAUUACGGAUUGAUGUUACCAGCAGGUAUUCCAUACAAAUAAGAGCUAAUCAUCACACAUGCCUUACAAGAGGAUUUUGGAGUGACUGGAGUGAAGUUAUUUAUGUUGGGCAAAACAAACUGGAGAAUCCUGCAGCCUGGAUUCUUGCUGUGCUUUGUGUGUUGGCGUGCUGCACAUUCCUGCUUGUUGCUAUAAUAUGCAGAAUAAACCACGUAUGGAGUAAACUGUUUCCACCAAUUCCAAAGCCCAGCAACAAAUUCAGAGAUGUCUUCCCAAAUGACUACGAGAGAGCACGUACCUGCACCAAUGAGACAGAGACCGAGUUCAUCAGCUUUGCGGAGGAUCUCUACUGCAGCCCCCUCGACGACUCUGUCUUCUGAGAGGCCACGGGGCUGGCGAGGGCUGCGUGGUCCCUGCAUGUCCCCCAGUGUCACCACAGCCAACUUGGUGUCACCUCCACUGCAGUGCUUCCAACGGGGGAGGAGGACUUGCUUCCCCAAGGUACCUUCUGUAACGAUAAGCUCUUGAAACAAAAAGUCCCAGUUUAAGCAGAAUGGAAGCACACAGCACAAGGGCUGUGUAGGAAGAAAAAUUCUGGAAUUUUUUUUUUCUAGUUGCCAGCUUCAUCUUUUGGAUUUUCGUUUUGUUUUAAAUAACUCUGACAACUCAAGAUGCAAAAUGCAGACUGGGACUUGGCGCAGCCUUAUGUAAAGCAGCAAAGUGCCCAGUGUGGUUCCUGGCAGUGACCAAGGUGGGUCAAAUACUAGGAAAAAGAUAAAACAAGCUGUAGAACACCCCAGUGCUGUCCUCCUGGAGCUGCACGGCUGCAGCACAUCCAUCAUGAGAGCGGGGACUCACGCGUGGCCUUCACUGAUACAGUUUGUAAUGAAAUGGUGUGAAUUCAGCAAAUACCUGAAGGGCCUCCAGGGAAAUGCCAGUUUGUUGACAAAGGGAGGGCCUGUCGGUGCUGUGUGUGAGCUGUGACACUCGACGUGGGGACAGCUUGAAGGGUGCAAUGGCCAGGCCGUGCCCAGCGUGGCAGUGUCCUUCUUGUACCGCAUGAAGGGACUUACAUCUUGCUUUUCAACCAUUUUGGAUGCUGGGAAAAGGCUGUCUCACUCACAGGACUUUAUAUACCCCAGAAGUCUCUAGAUUUUAUAGGCUACUUCAGACACCUGAUGUACAAUUAGAGUUUUGUCAUUUGUGUGCACGCAGCUCCCGAAACCUCAGCGUUUGUGUGUGUGGUAGGUUUUGCUGGUGGCCUGGGGUGCUGCAGGCCUGUGGGGCACCACAUUUCCACUCGCAGUACGUUCACCACCUGGGAAUUGAGAAAUAUUCUGGUAAAUAUCUACGAAACACUGCAGAAAACUGACAGGAGUCUCCAGCUCAUGAGCCACCAGGAACUGGAGAGCCCUCGGCAGCCCCUGGCAGAGCCCAGCGCUGAGCGUGAAACCCAUCAGAGCCCUGGCUGCCACCCUGCACCCCAGCCCAGAUCCUGCUCAGCCUCUCAGAUUUUUCCUGUGAAGUUCCAGGAUGUUGGUAAAAAUGUCUAAGCAGAUAUAGUUUCAACAUCGUGUGGAUAAAGACGCUGGACUGAUGAUACCCCAACGCCUGCUGCACCCUCCGCUCGGCUGUCCCGACCGCCCAGCUCACAGAGGAGUCUGUACUGUUUAUUCCCCUCCCAGUUGGUGGAAGUUUAUUUUUUCUUCAGCUUAUUUUCUUCCUUCUUUGAAGAUUUGUCCACUUUGCAGCAGGAAGUUGACCUUUUUUUUGUAUCUUGGUUUCCCUGGGCUUGAACGUCCCAGGUCGUGGCUGUGUGAAGCCGGCGGAGCUGCGGUGGCCGACACCUGCGCAGAGAUGACGAUGGCUGGUGAGACCAGUCUGGGGGCUGUGGGACCCCCAGUUUGACACGAAAUGAGCUUCACCUCUGUUCCUUACACCCCUUCUGAAGGAGAAAAUGCUGCUGAGGUAGGGGCUCUGGAAGUGCAUCCGUCUGCAUUACCUGGGUCCUCACCGGGGGCCACGGGAGACGGGCACUUGGCUCGUUUUUCAGGCCAAGGCUCCUUUGACAUGAGCUGGGAGCACCUGCAAAAGGACAAGAAGGGAUUGUUUGUGCUUCCUGAAGCAAGAGAGCAAAGCUUAAAAGGAAAGACAAAAAGGGCACAAACUGAUAAACUUCCACAAUGGCACCGACAAAACAAAGCACAGCCUGGGACCGCAGAGUGCUCAAGUGUACAGUAAUUAAAGAAAUGUGCCAAGGACCUCUCUGUGCUCUUACGAGGCUUUCGGAGCCAUGAGGAACUGGGCUCCUCCUUCACCUGCAACUUUGGCUGCCUUCAGGGAGUUACCAAAUUAACCUCCUGCCUGAAACCACCUCAACAGCCCUGGCUCUGAGCUCUCCAGCUGCAGACCACGAUGUUCUCCUGCUCCCAAGAAACCCCCCCAACCCUCAAGCUGGCCGGAGGUGGGGUUAAGCACAUUAACACAGAAGAAAAGUGCCCACCCCAGCAGUGCUGCCUGUUGCCAUGAGGACAUUUCUCACCGGGUACAACGAAACAUGGAGGAAAAACACUCCUGGAAGACAG